AUGCAGCUUCGCGGAAACAAUUUGGUCUGCCAUUACGGUUCGGACGUUUGGGUUUGGGACAUUCGUGAGGGUGGCUCAUGCCUUCACCACUUGCAUGGCGGAAAUGGUCAGACGUCGACCAUCACUUCAUUGCAAUUGCUCGACUCCGGACUUUUGGUGACAGUGAACGUCUCUCGUGCUUCCUCUCCCAAUCUCACUUCUCCG